AUGUCGGAAGAGAAUUACGUGCCCAAGAAUAUCCUCUUGACUGGAGGAGCUGGUUUCAUUGCUUCCCACGUCGCCAUCUUGCUCUGCGAGAAGUACCCCGAAUACAACGUCGUUGUCUACGAUCGUCUUGACUAUUGCGCAUGCCUUGCCAACUUGGAUGGGAUCAAGGAGUUGCCCAAUUUCAAAUUCAUCAAGGGUGAUAUCUGCUCCGUCGACCUUGUCAGCUAUGUCUUGAAGGAAGAGAAGAUCGACACCAUCCUUCACUUUGCCGCCCAGACCCAUGUGGAUAACUCUUUCGGUAACUCCAUUGCCUUCACCCAAUCCAACAUCUAUGGAACUCACGUCCUUCUGGAGUGUGCCAAGGUUUGCGAUACCAUCAAGCGAUUUGUCCACGUCUCUACCGAUGAGGUCUAUGGAGAAGGAGAGGACUUUGAAACCGACCCCAUGUCCGAGGAGCACGUCUUGGAACCCACCAACCCCUACGCUGCAACCAAGGCAGGAGCUGAAUUUCUUGUCAAGUCCUACUUCAGAAGUUUCAAGCUUCCCUGUUUGAUCACCCGUGGAAACAACGUCUACGGUCCUCACCAAUUCCCCGAAAAGCUCAUCCCUAAAUUCAUCAAUCAGCUUACUCGCGAUAUGCCUGUGACAAUCCACGGCGAUGGUUCCAACACCCGCAACUUUUUGUAUGUCAAGGAUGUCGCCCGCGCCUUUGACUGCAUCCUCCACAAGGGAACUCCUGGCCAUGUCUACAACAUUGGAGGUGACAAUGAAAUUGCCAACAUUGAAGUCGCCAAGACUCUCCUCAAGAUCUUGAAGAAAGAUGGCGAAGAAGAAUCCAAGUGGAUCACACAUGUCCACGACCGCCAAUUCAAUGAUUUGCGAUACACCAUCAACUCCAAGAAACUGCAAGAGCUUGGAUGGAAGGAAGAAAUGUCUUGGGAAGCUGGUCUCUCAGAGACUGUCGAAUGGUACCAAAAGUACACCAAUCGCUAUGGAAACAUUGAUGCCGCUCUUGUUGCCCACCCUCGUAUGUUGAACGCUGAGCUCACCACUCGAGAUGGUCUCUAA